UCUCUGGACGCCUGGUAUCCGCCUGCACGGCGCGUCUCGACGAAACCGUGUCGGGCGAGGCCCGGGGACCCCACAUGGCUAGGGGCGGAGUCUCCGCAGCUUCUCGCGUCGCGCCCCCCGAAAAGAGCAGAAAACGAGAAGACAGGAGACGAGACAGGAGGGACGCAGCUGACGAAAGCGAAGAAAUCGAAGAAGGCGAAGAGUACGACGCAGAUGCGGAAGAAGAGGAAGACCGGCGUACGGGCGGAAGGAACGAGGAGCUUGGCUCUUUCUCGCAGAGAAAGGAGGAACACACGGAGCGUGCAACGAGGAAGAAGAGGGAGGAUGAGAAGAAGGAUGAGAAGAAGCAGGGUGAGGAGAAGAAGGAUGAGGAGAAGAAGGAGGAUGAGAAGAAGAAGGAUGAGGAGAAGGAGGAUGAGAAGAAGGAUGAGAAGAAGGAUGAGAAGAAGCAGGGUGAGGAGAAGAAGGAUGAGGAGAAGAAGGAGGAUGAGAAGAAGAAGGAUGAGAAGAAGGAGGAUGAGAAGAAGAAGGAUGAGAAGAAGGAGGAUGAGAAGAAGCAGGGUGAGGAGAAGAAGGAUCAGGAGAAGAAGGAGGAUGAGGAGAAGAAGGAUGAGGAGAAGAAGGAUGAGAAGAAGAAGAAGAAGAAGAAGGCAACGAGAUAAAGGGCUGUGA